AUGCUCCCACAAGAAGUCAACACCGACACUGUGGAUAAUGCAAACAAUGUCGUGUUCGACAAGAAAGAAAUCGCCGAGAUGUUCGAGACGGUCGCGAACGAGGACGAGACGGGCCGAAAUACAUCAAUGAAGCAGGUUCCAACCCGGCCCCUCUACGAGACUAUCCUACGACGACCUACGCCAACCGCUUUACUGGAUGAUACCCGAGACGAAGUAAAUAUGCGUGGAACCCUGAGCCUAGCAAUCGAGCGGAAUGGAAUUAAUUUUCUGUUCGACGAAGACGAGGCGUUGGGCGUAUCACAACAUCAGCGACGUGUCGGCUAA